GAGCACAGCCAGGCUUGCACAACAGACCUGCCAGGAAAUGCUGCAGCCCUGCAACCCCAAACCAUGGCAACAACAGCUAUAUUUUUUCCUUACUGAAGCCUCUGUAACCUCAGCUCAGCCCCACGUCUCCGUGCACUCAGACAGGGAGCUCGGGGCUUCCUUUAGCUCUUUUCCCCACUCAUCAGCACAUUUGCAGGGGCUGGCAGCUCUCCUGGGCACCACACAGCUCACCUGGGGCCAUUGCUUUGGGAAGGUCGCAGCGGGCAGAGGGGCUGCAGUGCCCCCUGAGCCCCAACGGGAGCAGCAGGCUCUGAGCUCUCAGCUCUGCUGUUCUGCGGUGGCUCUGAAAGAGAAACCUGCGAUGGAUGUGCAAGAGUUUCUGCCUUCAUCGGCGCUUGGUGUCUGUACCCUCCCUGCAGAAGAGAAUAUUUCUCUGUAUUUUUGUCCUGUUCUAUGCCCUCCACCUCAUUUGUUCCCUUAUUCUUAGGGCAGUGCAGAGGUGGGGCAGCAGCCUGCGCUCCCCUUCGGGCAGCAGAGCUGGGCAGCGAGGGCUGCGGGUUCAUUCAGACCCAACUGCCAUAGCGACUGUGUAACUCCAACACCUGAAUAACACUCGGGAGAAUAAAAUGUUUCCUUAAAAACUGAAUCCUCUGAUCUUUCCAGUCAAGGUGUGAGCAACUUCAGCCCUCUUUUCUCCCUGCUGCCACGUAUGACGAGCAGGAGAGAGAGAUAUUUAUCUCUUUAGCAGAGGUGGGGGAAAACGCAGCCAGCGAAGCUCUUCCUGCGGAAAGCUGCAAAUAAAGGUCACCGUGCUGUUUUCCCUUUCCGAUCGGUGCUGACGAGCUGAAGCAGUGACACCGUGUGCUUCAGAAGCCUCAGCAUCACAACACCACCGUGUAUGGUGCUCAGCGUGCAGGAUCCCCCCCCACACACACACAAGGAAGCCGCGGGGCCGGCGGGGCUGUGCUCGCUGCUGCGUGCCCCACAUCUCACCCCUACCCCAUCCCCCGGAUGAAGGCGGCAGGAUGCAAGCUGGCGUCCUUCUCAUUUCAAGCUUUAAACAGCCCUGGGAUCAUUAUCUCGAGCGGGCGGGAGGUGACGUGAUGCCGCGGGGGCUGCCGGGAAGCGGCGGCGGUUCCGCUGCGGUGUGACCCCGGUUCAGCCCCGCUGCCAUCCCGCCGUGACCCCAGCACAGCGCGGCCCCGUUACGGUGCACAGCUGCUGCUGGCCUGCGCCCGUCGGAUUCCGCGCUGCGAUGGCUGCAGCCUGCAGCUUUCCCAGGUGCAGUCAGGACUUGUGGCUGUGACACCUGCUGACACCGUGGGGCACACACCGGGCUGGAGGGCUCCGAGCAGCCCCUCUGCCAGCUGCCAUGGCCCUGCCCCACGCAUCGAUGCUGACACGCCGGUGCCUCCGCCUGCUGACCCCGCAGCCCACGCUCCUGAGCAGCCUACCUGGGUGGGAAUGCCGACAGCUGGCAGGGGAGAGGGCGGCCAAGUGGAGAAGGAAAAAGGACGGGGAGAGCUGCAGCCUGCCAGCAUCCUCCUGGGAAGAGAGGUUGGCAGAUGCAGUGACGCCACUGUGGAGACUUCCCUACCAGGAGCAGCUGCAGGUGAAGUAUGAGAGCCUGAGGGAGGUUCUGCAGACCCUGACGUCGCAUCUGGCGGAGCUGGGAGGAGGUGUGCGGGAGCCUGGUGGGCUCUGCUGUCCCCUGCAGCCCGUGGUCCCCUCGCCCAUCGUCGACGGCUACCGCAACAAAUCCACGUUCUCUGUGAACCGAGGACCAGAUGGGAACCCCAAAACAGUGGGGCUGUACGUGGGGACGGGCAGAGCAAGAAACAUUGUCUGCGUGGGAGCCGACCACAUGAAGAACAUUCCCCUAAAGCACAAACAAGUGGCCCAGUGCUACGAGCAGUUCAUCCGCCGCUCCCCGCUGGGCUCCUGCAUCCUGUUCCAUGAAGGCGGGCACUGGAGGGAGCUCGUGGUGCGCACCUCCCAGCACGGCCACGCCAUGGCCAUCGUCACCUUCCACCCCCAGCAGCUGGGCCAGGAGGCUCUGGCUGCUCAGAAAGCAUUGCUGAAAGAGUUCUUCACCUGCGGACCCGGAGCAGCAUGUGCCCUGACGUCACUUUACUUCCAGGAGAGCACCAUGACGCGCUGUUCCCAUGAGCAGUCGCCCUUCCAGCUCCUUCAUGGAGAACCACACAUCUUCGAAGACGUGCUGGGCCUGAAGUUUCGCAUCUCUCCAGAUGCCUUUUUCCAGGUGAACACGAGCGGAGCAGAAGUGCUGUACCGGGCGGUCAGGGAGCUGAGCCAGGCUGCUGGAGACACCGUGCUCCUCGACAUCUGCUGUGGGACGGGCACAAUCGGUCUCUCUCUGGCUCACCACGUGUCCAAGGUCAUUGGUGUUGAGAUAGUGCAGAAGGCGAUAGAGGACGCCAGGUGGAACGCAGCAUUCAAUGGAAUUUCAAACUGUGAGUUUCACAGCGGAAAGGCAGAAGCUGUGUUACCAGCACUGCUCUCAUCGUGGGAGGAUGCCCGACCCCUCGUUGCGGUGGUGAACCCGUCCCGGGCUGGGAUCCAUCACAGGGUCGUGCGGGCCAUCCGGAGCUGCGGGGCCAUCCGAAGGCUGCUCUACAUCUCCUGCAAGCCGGAGGGCGAAGCCAUGAGGAACUUCCUUGAGCUGUGCUGUCCUCCUGACCCAGGGAAGAAGCUGGAAGGAGAGCCCUUUGUCCCCACGCUGGCUGUCCCGUUCGACAUGUUCCCUCACACUGCUCACUGUGAGCUGGUGCUGCUGUUCGUCCGCUGACGGCGGGGAGGUUUGCAGCUCUGCGACCUCCCGAUGUCCCUAGGGAGUGGAUGUGGCUGUGAUUUGAACUCAUUUGUAUACAAAACUCAAGAAACGAGUCCUUUUCUGUUUGCUCUUACCGUGGGUUGCCUAAUCGAUAUGGAAACACUCCGAUUUCUGGAAGUUUUUCUCUCAUUGGGUUGCUCCGCGACAGCCAAAUUAGUAGAUAAAUAGGGCUAAUUGAAUAAACGAAUAGAAGGUA